AUGGACGCCGGCGCCCUCCUCGCCAGUCAAGGCUGGCGUGGCAAAGGCCAUUCCCUCCACAAAACUGACGACUCCAUCGGUCUAGCCAAACCGCUCCUCCUCAACCGCAAAGACAACACCAAGGGUCUCGGCACAACGCAACACUUCACCAGCGACCAGUGGUGGAUGAACGCAUUCGACGAGCAGCUCAAGGGCCUGGAGACAUCCAAAGACGGCAAGGUCAAGCAGACCAUCAAGACGGGGAAACUGAACGCCAUUGAGAAAGGAUCCCUCGGCAAAUAUUCCCUAUACACGUCUUUUGUGCGUGGGGGAUUUCUAGAAGGCACGCUAUCUACAAGUGACAGCUCAAGUGCUUCUGAAAGCGAAAGUGACGAGACUCCCGCGACGAGCGAGCCUGAGGAAAAGGAUGACAAGAAAGCUAGAAAAGAAGAGAAGAGGAGGAGAAGAGAUGAGAGGGCGGCUAGGAGGAAAGAGAGGGACGAGAGGAGGGCGAAGAAGGGGGCUAAGAAGCGGGAAGCGGAUGUCGUAAUCAACGAGACGAAGGAGGAGCGGCGACUGGCGAAGGAGGAGAAGAGGAGGUUAAAGGACUUGAAAGGAAAGGAUAAGGUUGAAAAGAGGCGGACGAAGGAAGAGAGGAGGUUGAGGAAAGAAAUGAGGAGGAGGGAACGGGGGAAGACGCAAGUUGCGUGCUGUUGA